CACUCCGGCGCUCCAUGCCUCCUGCCCCCCUGCCCCCCGCCGCCGCCGCCGCCGCCGCCACGAACUCCGGACGCGCGCCCGCCGCACGCCCCAGCACCCGGCGGCAGCGCCACCGCCUCAUGCGCUAGUGCCCGCAGCAGAGGCGCCUCCUGACCGCCGGUUCUUGGCAGGCGGGCGGGGGAGCUGCGUUGGCGAUGGCGCCGGCCCGGAAGAAACGCGGGUCGUCGUCGGCGGCCGCGGCCGCCGCCGCCGCCGCGCAGUGGAAGGUCGGCGACCUCGUGCUCGCCAAGCUCAAGGGCUACCCGGCGUGGCCGGCCAUGAUAAGCGAGCCAGAGAAAUGGGGACUAUCUGCAACGAAAAAGAAGCUGCUGGUCUACUUUUAUGGAACUAAAGAGAUUGCUUUCUGCAAUUAUGCUGACCUUGAGGCAUUCACUGAAGAGAAAAAGAAAUCUUUACUACUUAAGCGACAUGGCAAAGGAACAGAUUUUGGCCGGGCAGUUAAGGAAAUAAUAGAAAUUUAUGAUUCUAUGAAGGAAGAGGACAAUAACACAACUGGUUUGACUCCUGCCAAUAACAGCAACAGUUUGGACACUGCAGGUCCUGAAGAAGGUUCUGAGUUGGCCAAUGACAACAGGUUGGAGGGUAAUCCCGCCUCUUCCAUGGAUCACAGCAUGACCAGUACCCCUGGGUCUAAUAUUGCUGCAUUGGAGAGUGAGCACUGUGUUGUGAACUCUGCACCCGAUGGGCCUGCUAGUUCAUAUUCAAAGAAGAGGCAAAAUAAUGCUCAGCAACAAGAUUCUUGCGCUCAUGAUAAUAUUGCAUCACCUCAGAGGCUGAGAAGUUCAUUAGGUGCUGAUCUUCGGACUCGGGAUUCUUAUGGGCUGAAUGAUCCCAAUCUGCCUUCUGUCAGUAUGAUCUCUGAUGAUAAGCUGGAAGAUUCUUCUCGGCAUAAAUACAUAGGUGACGAGAGACCUAACUUGAAUUUCCUUUCAGCUGCGAAGGAUGUUAUACUGUACCAUUCCAGUGGUGGCUCCUCAAGUCAAUCUGGAGCCUUAGAGAACUGUAAUGACGAGAGAAAUUCGAGUUCAGCUGCCAUAGCAGGAGAUACCCUUAGUGUUGAAGUAUCUCAGACUAGAGUCCUGAAUAAAGAAGAUAAACUGAAUGGAACACAUGAUCUUUCCAUGAGCACACCAGUUACUUUUAAAAGAAAACGAAAGCCAGGCAUGGAUGUUAAUAAUUCGAUCACUAGUGUGGUACCAAGUAUGGAUGAGGACUUGCAGCUUAAGUCAAGUGGAAACCUAGCAGAUUCUCCAAAUUCAGGGAAUGAAGUUAACAAGUCAGAUGGAGAUGAUCACUUGCCAUUGGUCAAAAGGGCAAGGGUCCGGGGAAGACCCCUGCUAGAGGACUCCACAUCCACAGUUGAUGAGCCAGAUAUUUCUGAUAACAAAACAGAACUGCCUGCACGUGCAAAUCAAUAUAAUAAACAUGAUCUGCCUUCAGUAGGGCUAAAGGAUCAUGCAGCUGACAAGGUGCCCCCUGGUAUGGAUCCUUCAUCCAAAGCAGACCUGUCUCUGGCAUCAGGGGAAGUUCAGACUGCUUGUAAGAACAAAGAAUACCAAUCAAAGGUUUUGACAAUGGAUGGAGAAGCUGCUUUGCCUCCAUCUAAACGCCUUCAUCGUGCCUUAGAGGCUAUGUCUGCUAAUGCAGCUGAAACUACUAGUAAUCUGAUUGAAGUGAAUAAGUCACAGGAACUUGUUCUGAAACAUUGCACAAGUGCAAUAGCAAGCCCUCCUUCUAAUAACUCUGCAGAUGCAGUUGUCAAAAGUCCAAGAUCUGCAAGAACUAAAAGCCUGGAAAUUACUUCGAGUGCACUUCCCCCAACUGGCCAAGAGCAUAUCUUACGACCAGUCAUAUUAAACAAGGACUCCACCUCUACUAUUUCUUUGGAAUUGAAAUAUGGUGGGAGCCACGAUCCACCAGAAGAAGUUCAAACUGGGGUUGAUGACGUCUGUGGAAAAGCUCCAACUUGUUUCAUAGAGUCGAAAGAGGCCCCCCUUGUAUUAUCUAUAUCUAUGCUUGACCAAUCGCUUUUGGGGGAAGCUAGUGGAAGUGAGCCCAUAAAACCAAUUGACAACUGUGGUCAUAGUUCUAGCAAAAAUGUUGAUGGAUCUGCUGAUCUAGUUAGCGUAGCAAGGGCUGUUGUGCCAUGCGCUAACGACAAUUGCAAUUCCGUUCCACAUAAUAAGACAGUUUCAGCUGAAACAACAGUAAGUGUGGGUGAUAAAACAAGUGCCUCUUCUUUGGUUACUAAAGCUUCAUGCAUUCAAUCUGAUGCAGGCGCCCGAACAUUUGAACCGCAUGGCUCUUCAACAACUGCACUGAAAGGACCUGACCACAGAAUAAACCUAAACCCAAAGGAUAUGGGUUUGUCUCCAGACUCGAUGCCUAUGAAAGAACUUAUUGCUGCUGCACAUGCUCGGAGAUUUUCUCAGCCUACUUCUUUCAUAGACAGCUUUUUAGAUUCCAAUGUUAUUAAUGAACCUUUGGUGAAUACACCUUCAGUUAAGGAAGGAUCUGGUGGGCUAUGUUCACCUUCAAAUAAUACAAGGUCUGCAUCAGAUAGGAUUCAUAAUCAACAGAAUAGUGGUAAGAUUCUUUUCGAUAAUAUGCAACAGAAGAGCUUGAACAAAUUAGCAGGUCAUGAUGAAGCCAGGUCAGCACGUAGGGCCUUUGAAACUUUCCUUGGCACAUUAACAAGAACAAAAGAAUGCAUAGCCCGUGCAACACGUCUUGCUCUGGACUGUGCUAAGCAUGGCAUUGCUGGGGAGGUAAUGGAUGUCAUCAUUGAACGCCUGGAAAGAGAAUCAAAUUUGUACAAAAGGGUGGACCUGUUCUUCCUUGUCGAUUCAAUAAUACAGUGCUGUCGCAAUCAGAAAGGAGGAGUUGGCGAUGCCUAUCCUUCUCUUAUCCAAGCAGUCCUGCCACGAAUACUAUAUGCUUCCGCACCACCUGGCAAUUCCGCAUGGGAGAAUCGAAGGCAGUGUCUUAAGGUUUUGAAACUCUGGCUUGAGAGGAAAACUCUUUCGGAAUACAUCAUUCGUCAUCAUAUUAAAGAGCUUGAAGUUCUUAAUGAGGCAUCAUUUGGAACCUCUCGCCGUCCUUCUGGGACGGAGAGAGCUCUGAAUGACCCUUUGCGGGAUAAUGAAGGAAUGCUUGUAGAUGAGUAUGGAAGCAAUACUGGUUUUCAUCUUCCAAAUUUAAUUUGCACAAAACUGCUUGAUGAGGAAGGAAGCUCCUCUGAGGAGAGGAGCUUUGAAGCUGUUACUCCUGAACAUGAAUCUCCGGAUGCUAAUGAGGAAGGGGCUUCUCAAUUGCAUGGCUCGAAGCAUCGACUUGUGGUUGAAGAAGUGAAUGGUGACCUUGAGAUGGAGGAUGUAGCCCCAUCAUCUGAAGCUGAAACUAGCUCUGCUUGCCAGCCAGAUCUAACUGAUGCUAGGUGUACAACUAAUCAAAAUCUCGAUUCUGUUCCUCCCUUGCCUGAUGACAAACCUCCAACACCUCCACCUUUGCCGUCAUCUCCGCCACCUGUACCGCGUCCGUCCUGUCCUGUUUUUCAGGGUUCACAGGUUCAAGGAGCAUUGCACGUGACAGCUGAUCGAGUUGAACGAGAUCCUUUGAGAAAUAUUCAAGAUCAACUCCCCCAUUCUGUUGCAAACAGUGGAGGUAACAUGGGUCCUUCUGUAGUUCCAUUGCAGCCUCCAGCACCAUAUUCUUCUAGGUGUGCAGGGCAUUCAAAUCCAAUAAUUCCACCACCACCGCUGCCUCCACCUCCUGUUGCACCAUUCCAUCCUCCCGGACCCCAUGGAAAUUUUGGGCAUCCAGUACCACACCAUGGAAAUAAUUAUCACCAACCACCAUCAGGACCACCACCGAAUAAUGCAUACCAUUUGCAGCCACAACCUCCACAUCCACCAGUUCCAAACCAGUUCCCAUAUAGGCCACCUGAACCCCAACAAAGAACACAACCUUGGAAUUGUAAUCCUUGCUAUCCUGAGAGAUAUGCGUACAAUGGACAAGACAGAGGACACCAUCCUUACGAUAGGAGACAUCACUUUGAUGAUAGAGGGCGACACUUUGAUGAUGGAGGGCAUUACUUCAAUAAUGGAGCGCAUCACUUUGAUGAUAGAGGGCAUCACUUCGAUGACAGAGCAGUUAGGGGACAAAUGCACCAUGAAGGUGUUGAUAGAGGAGGGUUUCCUCCGUACUUUGGACCAGAACCCCCAUUUCUGGACCAUUUUGAAGCCUCAUCUACCCACCGUGGGCGACCAUCGGACCCUCCACCAGGUCCAUGCUCUGGGUGGUCGAUGCCGCCUAGGAGAUCCAAGUACCCUCCUGCCUCCAGACAUUCUAUGGAGCCUCCGGUUUCCCAUGAAGGAGGUUGGAGGAGGCACGGAAGACAUAAUAAUGAUAGAUAUCAUAGAUGACUGGAGCUUUGUAUCUCAUUUACUCAUAACCAUGCUGAGCCUCGUCCAUGAUUGGCAGUACAUGGUUACCGGAGACUGGGAUAAUUUCUGACUAUUCAAUGGUUAUAGAUUUUGUUUUUCGUUCUUUUCGUCCUUGGUGAGCCGUGGAGAGAUCUUCAGCAUCUUCAUUCGCGGACGGGCUUAGCAUGAAAUCUCUUAGCAAACGAAGAGAUGGAACCAGCCCCUGUUGUACAUAUGUAUCUCACCAUUCUUCUGCAAACGCAGAAACGGAAGGUACACCCCAAUUGUGCGAAGAGCUGCCCUGUAUCAGUUUAGUUAGACCAUAGACUAUGUUGUUAGUCUAACAAUUUACCGUGCCAUUGAGAAAUCCUUCUGUAGUUCAAACCGUCUUUUUAAAUGGCUUACUGAAACAGUCAACAGAGCAUGUGGUAAUAAUCUAGAAUGCUUUUGCCCUCGUA